CAAAGACCUUUUGAACUGCUCUGAAGUUAACCACUAUCAGCAACAUGUUCUGUGAAGACUAUGUGCAGGGAACCAUCUUCCCGGCUCCCAAUUUCAACCCCAUGAUGGACGCCCAAAUGCUGGGGGGAGCACUCCAGGGAUUUGGCUGUGACAAGGACCUGCUGAUCGACAUCCUGACCCAGCGCUGCAACGCCCAGAGGCUGGUGAUCGCCGAGGCCUACCUGAGCACCUUUGGCCGGGACCUGGUUAGUGACCUGAAGGAGAAGCUUUCCAAUCACUUCAAGGCAGUCAUGGUGGGCCUCAUGUACCCACCGCCCUCCUACGAUGCCCACGAGCUCUGGCACGCCAUGAAGGGAGCAGGCAUUGAUGAGAAUUGCCUCAUUGAUAUAUUAGCUUCAAGAACUAACGGAGAAAUUUUCCAGAUGCGAGAAGCCUACUACUUGCAAUACAGCCGCGACCUGCAGGAGGACAUUUACUCAGAGACCUCGGGACACUUCAGAGAUACGCUGGUGAACUUGGUCCAGGGAACCAGGGAAGAAGGGUACACGGACCCUGCCACGGCUGCCCAGGACGCCAUGGUGCUGUGGGAGACCUGCCAGCAGAGGACAGGGGAGCACAAAACGCUGUUGCAAAUGAUCCUGUGUAACAAGAGCUACCAGCAGCUGUGGCUGGUUUUCCAGGAAUUUCAAACUAUUUCUGGGCAAGACAUAGUAGAUGCCAUUAAUGAAUGUUAUGAUGGAUCCUUUCAAGAGCUGCUAGUUGCAAUUGUUCUCUGUGUUCGAGACAAACCAGCCUAUUUUGCUUACAGAUUAUAUAGUGCAAUCCAUGACUUCGGUUUCCAUAAUAAAACCGUGAUCAGGAUUCUAAUUGCCAGAAGUGAAAUAGACCUGAUGACCAUAAGGAAACGAUACAAAGAGAGAUAUGGGAAGUCCCUCUUCCAUGAUAUCAAACAUUUCGCUUCAGGGCAUUACGAGAAGGCUCUGCUUGCCAUCUGUGCCGGUGAUGCUGACGAUUACUAAAUAAAAAGAAGGAUUUGGAGGAUGCACUCAUUUUCAGAGAC